UCAGCGACAAGAUGUGACCCCUACCUAGGGCUCAACCCAUGAGCCAUGAUCGCAAAGGUGGACGACGAUGGCGCCAAUCAUGCCGACGUUGAAGCAGAAGAGGCUAGACUAGUGCUCUGUCAGCCAAUAUAAUGCAACGUUGCUGCUUGCGUUGUUGCUCAGUCAGCAGCUCACGCACAGAUCGAUCCACCAGCAGCUAGCCAUGGCGAAAUUCGCUCUCGGCCACCACCGCGAGGCCGCCGACGCCGGCUGCGUGCGCGCGGUGCUCGCCGAGCUCAUCCUCACCUUCCUCUUCGUCUUCGCCGGCGUCGGAUCCGCCAUGGCCACCGGGAAGCUGGGUGGCGGCGCGGACUCUGUGGCGGGCCUGACGGCGGUGGCGCUGGCGCACACGCUGGUGGUGGCCGUGAUGAUCUCCGCGGGGCUCCACGUCUCCGGUGGCCACAUCAACCCUGCCGUCACGCUGGGCCUCGCCGUAACAGGCCGCAUCACCCUCUUCCGCUCCGCGCUCUACGUCGUCGCCCAGCUCCUGGGCUCCGUCGCCGCCUGCCUCCUCCUCGCCUUCCUCGCCGGUGGCGCUGCCACGCCCGUGCACGCGCUGGCGGCGGGUGUCGGCACGCUCCAGGGCGUGCUCAUGGAAGUCGUGCUCACCUUCUCACUGCUCUUCGCGGUGUACGCCACCGUCGUCGACCCGCGCCGCACCGUGGGAGGGAUGGGGCCGCUGCUCGUGGGCCUCGUCGUCGGCGCCAACGUGCUCGCCGGCGGACCAUUCUCCGGCGCCUCCAUGAACCCCGCGCGCUCCUUCGGGCCGGCGCUCGCGGCAGGGGUAUGGGCCGACCACUGGGUCUAUUGGGUCGGGCCACUGAUUGGCGGGCCGCUCGCAGGGCUGGUCUACGACGGCCUGUUCAUGGCCCAGGGAGGCCACGAGCCGCUUCCAAGGGAUGAAAACGACUUCUAGGUUCUAUCUAGCGAUUCUGUGUUCGUCGUCGGUGUCCGCUUCCAAGGGAUGAAAACGAUUUCUAAGCUAGCCUGUAGGCAGUGAAUAAAUUGGAGUCUCUAGUUUGUUUGUAUCA